CUGACCCAGUGGCCGGCAAGGCUUCCGUUUUGCUGCUCACCCGGCAACCACCACCACCAUCACUGCCCCCACCGCCCGCCCGCGCGGACGCCACCCGUCCUCACCGGGCAACCCACCCCAGUCCCGCUCGGGACCUGCCGCCUGGUCGUCCCCUCAACCGACCCGCUUUCUGGUCGCGCCGCGUUCACCUUCGGUAGCCCGUCCUCAGACGAGGACCCAGGCGCAUGCCGCUCCACGGCCUCGGAACUGUGCUGCUCCAAUGAGAAAGCGCACACCAUCUUGCUGGACUCGGUCGCUUCCCGCCGCCAGCGCCGCCGGUCCGCUGCCGCCGAGCUUGUCCAACACCCUCACGCCGCUGCUGUUGCUGCCGUCGCCGCCGCCCAAGAGCGAGCAGAAUCCCCAAGCUCCGGGGCCACGACGUUCCCAAUGGAUCCUUAUAGGGAUUCGCAACCGACACAGGCGACGCAAACCGUCGUCGACCCCAGACGACUGGGCCAGCAGAGCUCUGGGUUCUCAGACGAAGAAAUAUCGGACAUAAUAUGUCUCCUCCUGCCAUACUCGGAAUCCGCACGCCAGGAGGUCAAGAGAAUUGCCGCCGAGACCUUGCAACACAUGGUGGGGAGGGAAGAUGUGGACGGACUCAACCUGGACUAUUCGCUGGAGGACGAGUCGCGCAACUUCGCCGCCAUGCAAACGGACGUGGGGGAACACCACAUAGCUCUGCGAUUCUCGUCCCGGGUCAAGGAUCCCCUUCGAGGCUUCACCUUCGGCCGGAGUCCCAGCUGCUGCGACAUCUGCCUCCAAAACGACCCCAACCGGCGGCUGAGCAAAGUGCACUUCCGCAUCUUCCUGAACAAGUGGGGCGUGCUGAUGUUGGAGGAUUUGUCGACAAACGGGACUGUGGUUGACCAGGUCCUUCUGAAGAAGAAAGACGGGCCUACGGGAGAGACGAUGAGGACUCUGGGCAGCGGGUCCAAGAUCAAGAUUCUCAUGCAUGAGCCCGGCCGCGACAUCGUCUUCUUGGUUCGAAUCCCGGUUCGCGACGGCCCUUGUGAGGAAGCCUACCAGCGCAACGUGAACGCGUAUCUGGCAGAUCAGGCCCGCCUCGCGGUCGAUGCGAACGAGACCAUCGUGCCGGGACCGGGAGGACAGGUGGACAUCUUCAAGCCAGCCGCGCCGAGGCACCCUGCCGGCCCAGCCCGCAACGCGAACAAUGCCGUCGCGGCGCGCAGGGCGCAGGUGGAGGACGGCCCUGCGAGGCAGGGAAGCCGUGCCCGUGCCGACGGCCUCCCCAGACCGUGGAACGGUUCGAACAAGUAUAACCGCGUGUGCGAGAUCGGCAGAGGUGCCUUCGCCACGGUGCAUAAGGUGACCAUGAAGCUCACCGGCCAGCCGUACGCUGCGAAGGAGCUCGACAAGCGCAAGUUCAUGAAGAACGGCGUCCUCGAUCAAAAAGUAGAAAACGAGAUGAGAAUCAUGCAGAGGAUCAAGCACCCAAACAUCGUGGAAUACAUCGAGCACCUCGAUUGGGACGAUCGCCUCCUUAUCAUUAUCAUGGAAUUCGUGGGCGGGGGUGACCUAGGCCGGCUGAUCGCGGACAACGGCCCGCUGUCGGAGAGCGCGACGAAGACGAUGGCGAGACAGCUGCUGGACGCGCUCGGCUACCUGCACGAUAUGAACAUCACUCACCGCGACGUGAAGCCCGACAACAUCCUGGUGCACUCCUUAGAGCCCUUCGUCGUGAAGCUUACAGACUUUGGGCUGUCCAAGAUGGUCGAUAACGAGCAAACGUUUUUGCGAACAUUUUGCGGAACGCUUCUCUACUGCGCCCCCGAGGUCUAUUCCGAAUACGCCGAGUACGACAGCCACGGCCGCCGCCAUCCACGCAAUCGCCGCCUCCGGCCGACCACGGGCCAGCGCUACGACCAUGCCGUCGAUAUCUGGUCAUUGGGCGGCGUCCUCUUCUACGCCCUGACGAAAAAGCCCCCCUUCCCGGCACGGAACGGGGCCAGCCACUCGGAGCUUCUGCACCAAAUCAUGACCAAGCCGCUGGACAUCACCCCGCUCAUCGAGGCGGAUGUUUCGGAGGAGUGCAUCGACUUUCUCCGCCGCAUGCUCGAUCGCCGCCCCGAAUCCAGGGCCACGGUGGAGGCUCUCCGGAACCAUGCGUGGAUCUCCGGCUCCUUCACCACCGUCGCGCAAUCAUUCGAGGAGAUAUCAGAAGAACUGCACGUAAACGCCUCUCAGCUGAGCCUCGAGGACCCCGACCGGGGCCACGAGGAGCGUCGAGAGUUACGCGUGCCCAGCGAUGACGAGAUCUCGGACGAGGAGGAUGUGGACUUCGACAGGAACGAGCCCGGCUACGAGUCCGAGAAGGAGAACUACACCUUCGGCCCGAAUAACCACCCUCAGCGGCUGUUUGGCGAAGUCAACGCCUCGGCACUGGGUAGUUCUGGCGCCAUUCCGGCAGACCGUCUGAACCUGCCUGUAUCGGCUGGUGCGAGCUUUGAGUCGACAGGCACGACCGAGAUACUCGGCAAUGAGACAGAAAUAAGAGACAGUUUCGAUUCCGAGGGCAGUCCCACGCCUCGCCAGAAGUCGCAAAAGUCACAGCCAUCAUCAGGCGGCCUGCGGGUCUCGGCUCUUUCCGCCAGUCAGAGCAGGUCGGUCGACGAGCUCAACAACAUGACGUUUGACGUCGCGUCGCAAAGUCUCGGCGGCGCCGAGUCGAUCCUAGAGAACUUGAACAUGAAGUCACGCGGUGGUUCUCUCCUUCGGUCCCAUACGUUGGGCGAUCUGAAUUCCAGCAAGCGGAAGCCUUCGUCCGACGGCAGUGAGGAAGACGAGCUGCCAGUUGCCCAGGACCGGCGCGGCCUCAAGAGGCUGCGGUCCGAAGGCUCCGCCAAACCCGCGGUCGGCAGCGCCAUCGAGGACGGCGAGUACGAGCUGCUUGCCCAGAUGCCAUCCAUUAUCCGGGCACAAUCGGGCCGGCAAAUUGACAACCCGGUGCACAAAUCGACCUACUGGUCGGCGCAGGACAGGAAGACUUGGCAUCUCGCUUACCCGGAGAUGACACAACUGCAGCUAGACGCCUUCAAGAUGGCCGCCUCGGCGAGGGACGAGGAGUUCGGUCCAGGCAAAACACCCCUGUGGGACUUGGCCAUGAAGCACUUUCCAGCAACCAAUUACGAGCGUCGGGGUGAUUCGACCAGAGAGUCCGGGAACGGUGAUGCAAAAACCUCUCUGAUGCCCUCCACCGCCAACGCAGACGCGCACGUCCCGAUUACUCCGCCGGACACGGAGCAACCAUGGCCGCAGCUCGUCGUGCCGCUCCAUUCCGAUCCAGGAAGACCGGUGGUGGCGUGCCUCCAGUCUGUGCCCGGUUCCGCGGUCUCGGGAAUUACGAUCAUGAUUACCGAGUCCAUGGUGUCCUGGGGCAGAGCAUUGGAGAAUACGCGGUCUUAUUCCCCCAAGAGCGAGGGCAAGGUGCCGAAGUACGCCUUCAAGAUCCUCCUCUGGAAGCGGGAUUAUGACCCAGCCAAGAAUUUUCGGCCCUGGAACCGCGCGCCCGAGGCGGACGAGAAGUCAUUCUAUUUCUACAUCUCGACGAAAGCUAGCAAGGGCAUCUACGUCAACGGCGUGCACCUUCCGUCGGACGACUGCAAGAACCCGACCGCGCCAUCCAAAUACUGGAUGGUUCUGCAGGACGGGGACCGGGUGUCGGUGUGGCAGAACUCGGACGGUUCCUGCGCGACGCAGCUCGUCUUCCGCUGCGGCUGGGGCGGAAGCGCGCGCCCGCGGCAAGGCGGCGACCCGGUCUCCUUCGCGCCGGCGGCCGUUGCGGACAAGCUGGACGAGGUCUGCGUCCGGGCCGAGCGUAAAAUGCGCAGCCUGAGCGAGCACGAUCUCAAGAUGGAGGAGGCCAACCACGACGUGGAGGAGCGCAUGCGCGCCAUCGACCGCGAGCGGCAGCGCUCGCGCGACUUCGAGCUCAAGAGGCUCGAGGCCUGCCGCGCCCUCGGCAUCCGCAGGGUCAGCCCCGCCCCGGGCGUCACCCUCGGCGAGGACUCGGCCACGCAGACGCCCUGGUCGUCGUACGUGCCUGGCGGUCGGACGGUGCCGACCUUUCGGAAUGCGUCGCCGAGUACUGUCGAGCUCUUGAGGGCUGCGAGGAGGGGCUGACCGCGCGCGGCCUUGUUCUGCCUGCUUGUUGCGAUUGGUUUUCAUUCUGUUUCUCUCCAAGGCCGGCCGGUGUUGUGGAGACGAGGGAGCGGCCAGGGGGAGUGC